GCAUUGAAGUCGUCGACGUCUCAGCACCCUUCACUUGUCGUGAGUUAUCGUGCGAGAUUUGUGAUUGGAAGUGUUUUUAUUAGCGAGGAGGAAGUUUUGAUUUGUAAUAAUAAUAUUAUUUGUGAUGGUGAAAAAUUUCUUCAGACGUGUGUGACUACAGAUGCUUAUUUUAUAUUUCGUGUUAGUGAAUUAAAGUGUCUGCGUUAAAUAACAUGGAUACAAAAACAAAACCAGUGAAGGAGAAACGGAGGAACUCGGAGAAGCGCAAGGAGAAGUCGCGCGACGCGGCGCGCUGUCGCCGCAGCAGGGAGACGGAGAUCUUCAUGGACCUGGCGCGCGCCCUGCCGCUGCCGCCCUCCAGCCUGGGCCAGCUGGACAAGGCGUCCGUCAUGCGCCUCGCCAUCUCCUACCUCAAAGUGCGCAGCCUGCUGCACCCGGUUCCCGACGAGAAGCGGCCCAAGGAGAAGGCCGCGGUCAGGAUCAUCCCGAAGUUCAAGUGCGGCGGCGACCAGCUCUUCCUGCGCGCGCUGGAGGGCUUCCUGCUGGUCGUGUCGGCCGAGGGCGACAUGGUGUUCCUCUCGGAGAACAUCCACGAGUACUUGGGGAUCACCCAGUUUGACCUGAUGGGACACAGCAUAUACGAGUUCAGCCACCCGUGCGACCACGACGAGAUCAAAGACAUCCUGUCGAUCAAGGCUCCCAUCCCACACAUCCUGUCCCGCUCGUUCUUCCUGCGCAUGAAGUGCACCCUCACCAGCAAGGGGAGGAACGUCAACCUCAAGUCCGCCUCCUACAAGGUGAUCCACUGCACGGGCCACCUGCUUGCAGCGCCCCAAGUGAAGGAGGAGUCCAAGUCAGAGUGUAAAGACGAGGGCGACGCAAACAACAACAACAAGAAGGACAGUGGCAGCGGCGGUGGCUGUGGGGGCUACCCCCAGCACUGCCUGGUGGCCAUCGGCGAGCCCAUACCGCACCCUUCCAACAUCGAGAUACCUCUGGACAAGCAGACCUUCCUCAGCAAGCACAGCCUGGACAUGAAGUUCACGUACGCUGAUGACAAAAUUGGCGAUUUCCUCGGCUACUGUCCGGAAGACUUGGUGGGCAAGUCAAUGUACGACUACCAUCAUGCCAUGGACAACGUUACUGUGGAGAAAGGUUUCAAAUGCCUGUUCUCCAAGGGCCAGUGCGAGACGGGCUGCUACCGCUUCCUGGCCAAGAACGGCGGCUACGUGUGGGUGCUGACCCAGGCCACGCUCAUCUACGGCAGCAAGGGUCACAAGCCCAACAGCGUGGUCUGCGUCAACUUCGUCAUCAGCGGCCUCGAGCACCAGGGGGAGGUGUUCUCGAGCAGCCAGCUGGCGGGCGCCGCCCCCGCCGCCGCCCGCGUGUUCCGCCCCGCGCCGCCGCUCAGCGUCACCGCCGAGGUGUUCAGCGCGCGCGAUGCGCCCCCGCGGCCCCCGCGGCCCCAGGCGGUGACGAGCGAGGUGUUCGCCCCCUGCCCCCUGCCGCAGGCCGCCACCGCCAAGAUCUUCGCGCCGCGCACCGAGGACAUGAACAAGGGCUUCCUCACCUUCUCCGACGACGAGCCGGGCCUCACCAUGUUGAAAGACGAGCCGGAUGACCUCACCCACCUGGCGCCCACCGCCGGGGAUGCCUGCAUUCCCCUCGAAGCUACCGAGUUCAUGUCCGAGAUGUUCGACCAGAUCAUGUUCUCCGACAACUACUGUCCUCUGCUCGCCGACGACCAGGAUCUGGCCUCGCUCAGCGACUCCCAGUCCAGCAGCGUCUCCAAGGGCAGCAACGACCCGUUCUUCUCGUACCGCGACGACACCUCUUCUUCCGAGCCGUCUCCGUCCGGAGACUUCGGCUCCUACCUCCAUUCCCCCUCCCACUCGAAGAGUCCCGGAGACAGCAGCGUGCCGUCGCUCUGCAGUCCUGGCAACGCGACGGAGGACACCAACAUCCCCGCAUUCACGUCCUUCAACAUGGACGCCUCGUCGGACUGCGAGGAGGACCUCUGCACGCGGGCGCCGUACAUCCCCAUGGGCUUCGACGAGGACUUCCCGCUGCUGGUGUCCCCCGAGCUGAUGUGGGGCGCGCUGCCCGAGAGCAGCGGCGGCAAGAGGAGCAGCGGUCUGGGCGAGGACGACCCCGCGUUCCCUGCCAAGCCUAACCUGAACUCGAGUCUCGCGCAGUUGCUGCAGAAGGACUCUCCUGUGCCGUGCGCGUCGCACGGCCACACGGCUGCCAAGUGCAACGACCACGGCGGAGGACUCGUGAACCCCGCAGAGGUCCUCGGUCAGAUCUUCACGAAGAAAACGUGUGUGGGGCACUGUGCAGGAGCGAGCACGGCCGGGGCAGCGCGGGAACGGCUCCCGGAGCGGCCGGCGGUCGGGAAGGGAGCGGCCCCCCCGCCAGACCUCGCCAAGAUCCCCCCGGGCACGGGCCCGCCCGACCGCUCGGCCAAGCGCCCCGCCGCUCGCCAGGACGGGGGUCCCGCCAAGCGCGGGCGCACCAAGCCCCGGGGGGGCGCGACCUGGCCCCCCAGCCCCGCGCAGCGCCAGAGCAACAGCGUGCUGAUGAACCUGCUCGUCAGUGGCUGCGACGUGAAGAACAUAGAGGACGUGGUGCGGUCCCUGAAGGCGCCCCCGGACCGCGCAGAGGCGGACGCGGAGGAGCGCAAGGCCAGCAUACGCAAGAACUCGUUCUCGCUGCUGGAGCCGGACCCGGCCAUGAUCCCCUCGCUGGCGGACCUCAGCCAGCAGGACUACGAGGUGAACGCCCCCCUGUCGAGCAGCAGCAGCCUGCUGAAGGGACGUGACCUGCUGCUGGCCCUGGACGCCUCCAGCUGCGGCAUGGAGCUGGCCCAGUAGCAGCGCUUCUCUGUCCGGAGAGUCUUGCAGUUGGACUAACUCAUGUCAGUUUCAUUGUUCCAGUUUCAAUACCAGUAAGUGUUUGAUAUUUCAGUUACUUAUGCAUUUCCAUAUGUUCUGCAUCAGAUUACUACUUAAAACAUUUCAUAAUUUUGUUUCGAGUACAAUUCGUAAAAAAAUGUACAUGUUUACAAAUGCUAAUCGACGGUUCUUUUCACAAAUCGUGAUUUAACAAUUGCUUUGUGCACAGAAGACAAGAAUCUGUCAUAUUAUCAGUAGAGUUUGGUAGCGGCUCCCCUAACCUGCAGUCUGGUGAAACAACAAACUAUUCCAUUUUUGCCGUUACAGUGUUUCUUGCAAAGUGCCAAAAAAAACUACAUUUGUUCAAAGUAUGUAUGUUGUCACUGUAAGUAUGUCAAUUUUCAGUUUAUUUUGUCAUACAGCGAUGGUUGUUUGGACAAUUUCUCUGCUCAAGAUUUUAGUGUGAGAGAAUAUGUUAAAAUUUAUUUUGUCACAAGAAUACUUUCAAAUAGUUCCAGCCUAAAUAUAAAUAUUAUUUUUCUAUUUAAAUGAAGAACUAGAUUUACUAGUUAUGUGAACAUUAAGUGUUUCCUUGCAUUUUUAAAAAGAAUAUGACAGUUUUAUAAUCCUUCAUAAAUUUAUUGAAGAACAUACACAAAAACAUGUUCAUAUCCAUAUAAUGUUUGUGUGUUUUAAAGUUUUUAUACAACAUUUUUUAAGAAAGAAUUAUGUACAUAUUAUAGAAGGAUGUUGUAGUGUUCUCUAAUACAAGGAAGUGAAAAACUUUUAAAUACCAUAUAAUACAUGGGAUAGUAGAAAAGAUUGUUUAUGAAUGUGAUCAGUGGGUGAAGGGGCUUGAAAAAUAUUAAAUUAUGUAAUUAUGUUAAAACUACUUUAAUAAACUAUAGUAGUGCAUAGAGUAACAUAAACUGUAUCAUAAAGUGAGGAUAGAUGUUGAAAAUGGACACUUGCAUUCACAUUUAGAAUCAUAGUUGUUUAUUACUUAUUAAAACUUUGUACACAGAAAAUUUUGUGAAACAGAAAAAAAAUAUAUUUAUAUUUUUUUUUUCCAGUUGCUUAGUUGCCUGGCCAAACACAAAUAAUACUUGUAAUCAUUUAAAGUUAUAAUUUGUUUUUAAUUUUAACUGUGAUAUUUAUAAAUGACGGGUCCAUAUUUUGUAUGGUUCCAAUCAUAAUUACAUUUAACCAAAUUAGGAGAUUAAAAAAAAGUGUGAGCAAGUGUUUCAGUACUCACCAGAGAUGUGUAACAUCCAUCAUCGGUUCCGAGCAAAUUCAUGUCUUCUCAUAUUGAAAAUACACUUAUAAUACAAAACUUGGACAGAAAAUUUACCAUAGAAAUUUUUUAAAAUUAUGUUGAGAGUGAUUAAUAUAUGAAAAUUAUUUUUUCAACUUACGAAAAUUUUGUUCUCAACUACAUUUCUUGAUGCAAAUCACAUGUAGUGUCCGUGCCCGCUGCUAGAAUUCAUUGAUGAAGCAGUUACAAAUAGUAAUACAUUUGAUUAGCAGAAACAGUUAAUACUAUAUCUUUUUCCAUUUUGGCUCUGUAAACUUAGGUUCUUGCCAUACGUCACAGGUGGCAGCACUGUGGUUACCUAUUCUUGUCCACGCGACUUCCGUUCCAUUCAUGAAAUCGCUCCUACCAAAUGCUGUAUACCGAGAGAUAUGAUUUUACACAUGAAAUAAUAAUGUAGCACUUCGAGAGAGAUAAUCAACAGAUGGCAAACCAGUGUCCAGUAGCUUCAACUUUCCACAGACAGUAAUAGCUUAUAGGCUUCAGUGAAGGCAUUCACCCUACUUAACAUCCGAUGUGAUUGUUGCCGGAAGCUAAUUUUUGUGCGUGUUGACUGCAGAGUCAAGUAGAUGUGUUUGUCUGUUGUCUUUUAUUGUUUUAGUAGUUUGUGUUCUUGUUGUUUUGGCUUUUUUACAUCAUAGACCAUCUCCACCUCUAAAAUGCUUUGCCACUUGGCCGGUCCUUUCGAAGCUUUGGCUAGCAUACUCUCAACACCCAUUUGUUUCAUCUCUGCACCUUAAAGUAAGUGGUGAUUUAAAAAAAAAAAAAAAAAGGCUCAUGAUUCUUAAUUAAUGCAAAAUAUAUGUUCUGUCAAUAACUUAUAACCAUUGUAAAUGCCAUA